UCAUUAGAUCUACUUGCCCAUCCCACCUUUUAGCUUAUAGAGAGCUAACUAGCUAGCUCUAGUUUCAGCUAGUACACAGUAUUGGAAAAGAAUGGUAGAUACAGUGAACGUGAAAGUCCAGUCACAUUCUUCCCUAGUAUAAAAGAGAAGUUUUUAUCAUUAAGAUUUGUCAAAGAGAAAAGAGAGGGACUCAAUGACUACCCAGAGUACCAAAAGGAUGGACCUAGGGAACAGCCUAACUGCCAUAGACUGGCUACCCAGGCUCACCUCAGCAAGGCCGGCAGGGAAGAUGGAAGCACCCUCAGAACCCCACAGGAUUUUGAAAACUCCCACAAGAAAGCCUCCACCUAGUCCCAUUGACCUGACAGCUAGACUAGACCCCAAUGAAGCUCAGGCCUACAUGUGCCAGGAUGCUAAACCACCUUACUCAUAUGCUGCCCUUAUAACAUUUUCUAUCAACAGUUCUCCAAGGCGGCGAAUGACACUGAAUGAGAUAUACACUUGGAUCUCAAGCAACUUUCCCUACUACAGAGAUGCCGGUACUGGGUGGAAGAACUCAAUCAGACAUAACCUCUCCCUGAACAAGUGCUUCCGUAAAGUGCCUCGGCCAAAGGAUGACCCAGGAAAAGGCUCGUACUGGGAGAUUGACCCCACUCCUCUGGAAGAGAGCGGAGAUUCCAUCUCACUAUCAGGGUUCCCACGCAAGAGGAAGAUCAGUGAAAGACUCUCCUCUUCUGAAGAUGCCAAACAAGAGCCAAAAGAUUACAAGACCAAAACCACUCCAAUUAAAUGGAACGAGUCUCAUCUGAGACAAAGCUCAUCUCCGACUCUAGCAGAGCUAAACACUGACCCCCCACGAGCCAAGCGACCAGCUUUUUCAGCCGCCUACAGCCCUCCAUCCCACCACACACACCCAUACUCUACCACAGUAUCGGACAGCUCAGCUACCACUCUAUCUCUGCCAACUAUGGCCUUCAAUGACAAAGAAGGUCUUGACGAGCUCAGCUCAUCUUUCAGAAGUUUAUACAAGUCCCUGUAUAGUCAAUCAAUGGCGGAAGGUGCAUACCUCAACGCAGAUAUCUUACCGCACAUACCAACCCAGGAGUUGGGUGUCUCUUCUGAUUCUAGUAGCAUCCCUCUUGGCGCUUCAGCCACUACUCUAUUAGGUGGCAACGAAGGAAACCAUACGGAAUUUUUGGGUCUCAUGGAUAGCUUUCGUGAUAUUGCUGAUGCCAAAACAUGGGAUAAACUUGACCCUGCACAUAUUCAAGGUUUACUUGAUUCCUUCAAAACUGGACAGCAUGACAAGUUCGGAUUGGACGCAAAGACAUAUGCAGAUGUGCACGCUUCAUUCAACCAGUUUGUAUCACAGCUGAGCAAUCGAUUCGUAACUAUCGGCAACACAUCAAGCCUCAACAAUUACAGCCACCAUCCACUGGGAGGAGCACCACCCAUGGGCCAUCACAAUGGUGGUGGACACCACAGCUACCAAAUAGACACUGGAAUAUUAUCUCCGGUUCAACUAGGGGGUAUUAAUCAUAACUCUCCGCCAGAGUUCAAUCCAUCCCCAAUGUACCCUGGAGCCGGGGCCUAUGGAGCCUACAACACAGCCACUCUCAGCUCACUAGCACAACAACCAAACCAUCACAGAACUGGCCUAGAGAUGUUUGAAGAUGUCGAAGAUGAUUUUGAUUGGUCAAAGCUCAUGUAAUUUCUGUUGUAUUUUACAAUCACAUUUUAAGCCAUGUACAUUAUACAUUUGAUUUUAACACAGGCAUGCUGGUCUUUACUGGUAUAAUGCACUAUAGUUUUCCAAGAUAUUUUUUAUUUCAAAAGUAGAUUUUUUAACCCUUAAUUUAUUUAUGUAUUAUAUGUCAACUGGUGCAACCAUCUUCACUUAUAGUAUAAUGAUGAUAUAUAUAGUCAAGUAGACAUUAUGAUAUUUUUCCAUUCUCGUCACAUUUUGUUUCACAUGAUCCAUGAUUAUUUACUAUAGUACAUGUACAGGUAUAGAA